AUGGCUUUCAAGUUUAACUUUACGACUGAAGAUUUAGAUCUUGAAGACGUAGAAGAAAAUCAACAAAUUGAAACUAGCCUUCACGAUCUCUCCAUCGAUGAGACCAGUGACAUCGAAAAAGUCACGAGUCAACAAUAUGAUAUUCUCUCCUCACCUUUACCAAGUGUCAUUCAAGCAGACAUCCUUCAUGUCAAAAAUAUACAGAUACCCAUUUUUAAACGUACUUUGGCCGAUGUCAAAUUUCAAAUGGCACAGCAGGAUUCUCUAGCAGAUGAAGAUACUGAUACUGAAGUAAAAAAAGUUGCAGAUAUGUUAAAUUUGACGGAUAAUUCGGAUUUGAUCAAAGGUGUCUACGAAGGAGGCUUCAAAACUUGGGAGUGUUCAGUAGAUAUGGUUGAAUUUUUAUCGAGCUUACCUGAAGAGCAGAUCAGUAAUAAGCGUGUACUAGAGUUGGGAUGUGGUUCGUCCCUUCCUUCAUUAUUUUUAUUGUCACAUAGCAGUACCAACAGAGUUGAUGUACAAGAUUAUAAUGAGCAAGUCAUUCGAUAUAUCACUAUACCAAACAUUUUAUUGAAUACAGUACUAAAUGUUCAGCAACCUGGUUCUGAUAAUACAACAACAGUUCAAGAAAAGGAGGAUGAAAGCAACAACGACAAUUUAAAUUCGGAAAGUGAGGAAGAGGAAGAUGAUGAAGACGAUGAUGAAGAUAAGCAAAUCGAAGAGGAAGCUAUCACAUGUGAUGCAGAAGCAGAGAUUUUACCGGAAGAUAUUCCACAGAUGUUAAAUCGAGUGUGCCUACGUACUAAAGCUUACUUUGGUGAUUGGGGUUCUCUACCCGAACAACUGAAUAUCGAUCAUAAUGAAAAGUACGAUAUGAUUGUUACAUCUGAAACGAUUUACGCAGAACAAACCUUGCCUGAUUUGAUUAAUGUUUUCCAAAAAGCUCUUAAGAAACCUGAUGGUGUCUGGUAA